GUGCACACGACUUAGUAUUUUUUGGUUUUUUUUUUUAUCCUUGCACGGAGGCCAUGCCAAUCUUCUCUGUCUCGAUAAAAGAGGAGGAGAAGGAGGAUGAGGAAGACGAAGAGGAAGAAGAGGAAGAGGAGGAGGAGGAGCAGAAUAACGAGGAAGACGAACAGGAUAAGGAAAAGGAAGAGAAGGAGGAGGAGGAGGAGGACCAUGACGAAGACGAAGAGGAAAGGGAGGAGGAGGAGGAGGAGGAGGAGGAGGAGGAGGAGGAGCCUAAGGAGGAGGAGGAGCAGGACAAAGAGGAGGAGAAGGAAGAAGAAGAGGAGUAGGAAGAGGAAGAAGAAAAAGAGGAAGAUGCCGAGGAGGUGACGAAAACGUAGAGGGAGAGGAGGAGGAGCAGACCUACGUGGAAGACCGGAGGCGAUGGCUGCUCGGCGACGCGCAGAACCCCUGUCCACGUUCUGUGAGCGUCGAGGUUGAACGCCGACACCGUCGUCGCGCGCGGCGGAGAGAUCGGGGCCGUAGAUCCUCAAGAUCUAACGGCCUCAAUCGGUCCUCCUGUUUUAACUUUUGGAGGCCCUCCUGUCGGGGCCUCGGCGGUAGAGGGCGUCCGCCACUGACCGCC